AUGAGAGCUGCCAACAUUGCCUAUCGAUCGAGACUUCUCCCUGGCCUUUGGGAAGCUAUUUGCGCUCUAAACCCGUUUGCCUAUGAGCCAUGGAGAGGCAAGCGGACUUUCGAGGCCAUGUUUGAGAUCUUAGAGGCCGAUAUUGUUGUCCUUCAGGAAACGAAAAUCCAGCGAAAAGAUCUUCGAGAUGACAUGGUCCUGGUGCCUGGAUGGGACUGCCACUUCAGUCUACCUAGAUCCAAAAAGGGUUAUUCUGGCGUAGUUAUAUACACCCGGAAUGCGACAUGUGCCCCACUCCGCGCGGAAGAAGGCCUUACUGGUGUGCUUUGCCCGCCAAAUUCGUCGGUCCCAUUCCGGGAUCUUCCUCUUGACCGGCAGAUUGGUGGCUACCCAACCACAGAGCAAUUAUCCACGCUUGAGUUGGAUGCAGCUACACUCGACUCAGAGGGCCGUUGUGUCAUCCUCGAAUUCCCAGCAUUUGUUCUGCUUGGGUUAUAUUGCCCUGCUAAUCGAGAUGAAAGCCGUGACAGUUUUCGCCAAGGCUUUCUUGACCUAAUGGAUGCCCGAAUCCGGAAUCUCGUCGCCAUGGGAAAACGAGUUUUCGUUACUGGCGACCUCAAUAUCUCAAGAGGUGAAAUCGAUGCAGCACACGCGUCCGAGGCCAUUCGUAAAGGCACCACAACAGAAGAUGAGUUUAUAUCCGCACCAGCCCGGCGCUUAUUCAAUCAACUGGUGUACAGUGGAAAGGUCAUCGGGGAGCGAGAUGAAGGGAGGGAGCAACCUGCUCUCUUUGAUAUUUGCAGGUCCUUCCACCCCAAUCGCAGGGGCAUGUAUACUUGUUGGGAGCAGAAAAUCAAUGCUCGGCCUGGUAACUAUGGCUCAAGAAUAGACUAUGUCCUGUGCAGCUUGAAUAUGCAAGAUUGGUUCUGUGAAUCAGAUAUACAAGAGGGGCUCAUGGGAUCGGAUCACUGUCCGGUAUAUGCCAUCUUCAAAGAUUCUGUGUGUCUAAACGGGCAACAGGUUAACAUGCUUGACAUCAUGAACCCACCCGGGAUAUUCGACAAUGGUGAACGGCGACAGGAGUACACGACAAAACUUCUCUUGCCUACAUCAGGACGCUUAAUACCAGAGUUUGACAAGCGAAGAAGUAUCAAGGAUAUGUUUUCGCGAAAACCAGAUAUGUCCUCGCAGAAAUUACCCACCACUUCAGCAUUGACCGCAUGCGCAUCAAUUCGGGAGCAAGUGUAUAAAAUUGAUGCGGAAGAGAACUCUCUUGGAGCAAGCAAACCAUCGCUCCCUAUCGCUGACAGCAGUCCAACACCUAAAGGUACCGUUCGUAAACGGUCCGAGAAAAGCGACCCGCCACCCUCAGUCAAGCGUUCGAAAUCUUUUCCUUCUCAGACCAGAACAACCUCUGUUUCAGCACAGAGAACACUGAAAGGGUUCUUUAAGCCUAAAGGUGUUGUUAGUAGUCAAAUUAGUGAAACAAAAACUCCGGAUACGCCUGUGCAGGCUAUGGAGCGUUCGUCCGGCCCCCUUCCCGCAUCUUCGACUAUAUCGCAGCCUGAGGAACAGGAGGAUCUACAAGGCAUACACAGCGUUCCAGCCGCUCCAACGAGCUAUAUGGACUCAUCCGGACCAGCAGCACCAUUUGUGGGCCAGAAUAGCGAAACAGUCAUUGACCCGAUUGUCAGCAAGGAAGAUUGGUCGAAACUCUUUGCAAAGAAACCAGUGCCAAUGUGUGAAGGGCACCGAGAACCAUGUAUUAGUUUAUCAACAAAAAAGCCCGGCAUUAACUGUGGUCGGUCCUUUUGGAUCUGCCCACGACCCUUGGGGCCCAGUGGGAAUAAAGAAAAGGGAACGCAGUGGCGAUGUGCAACUUUUAUCUGGGCUAGUGACUGGAAUCCCUAA